AUGGCAAAGCUAUCUAUAAACGGAUACGAACAGAGAUCCGCGAUAAAAGAUCCGCUGAGCAGGCCAGACACCUCCAGCGCAUACGGGCUAGGAUCAGCCAGAAGUUUGCCAACCACACCAGCAGAAGCCUCAUGGGAUCGGAAGAGAAACGCCUUCGAAGACCCCAACUCCGCCCGCAUCCCCAGAGAAGACAUUCUAGCCAUUUACCCAUCUGAAAAGGCCUGGCGCACCGUGUACAUGGGCGCGCUCUCGAACAACGCCUUCGCCCGGAGAGUCCUCAUGACGUACAUCCUCUUCCACUCCGCCAUCAAGAACACCGAGAUCCACGACGUCCUGAACCGUGGCAAGCAGCUCCUGACAGGACAGUGGCCCUACACCGCCGUCCCACCCGAAGUCAAGCAGAAUUACUUCGACUGGCUGAAUUGGCUGGCGUGUCUGGACGAAACGAUCCCCAACGCCCUCAAACAUCACACCUGGAUGGUCCUCCUCGAGCGAGAGUACGCAACCGCCGAGCCAGUGUGGACCCGUUUCUGGGACCUGGACCGCGAACUCAACCGGGCUGAAUCGCGGUGCGAGCUGCGGGAGGAGAUGGACGACAUUGAAAUCAAGAUGGCGGCACAUAAUCGCAAACGCCAUUUCUUGCAAAGAGCCUUAAUUGCCGGGAAAGACUGGGUGCUGAGGACGUACCUGCCACCGCCAAUGUGGGUUGAUUGGAGUCAGGUGGUCCAAGAUAUUGUCGCUGCUGGGUUGCAAGAUGGUAUGGACGAUCGAUUCCAUAGCGAUGAGACGCAAGUGGGAUACGAGAGUGGGCAUAUUUCCGACCCGGAGGCAACAGAGACUGAAGAAGAAUUUGAGUUGUGA